AUGGCGGUAAGGGGUUAUGACCUUCAAACUCUUUGGGAUAAAAUGGAAGCGAACGAAAAAGUUACUACGAACGAGAUUUCUAGACUAACUCAGGAAGUUACUAGAUUGCGAUCGAAUGAAAACAGACAAAUGGCAGAAAUAUCUUAUCUGAAAACAGAAGUUAAUAAUUUAAAGUUAUGGAAAGGAACAAUUGAAAAACUUAGCGAACCACAAAAUCGGUUUGAAAGACUUUUGCUUUCAAACUCACAUCCAGACGCUGGUGUUGCAUUUUCAGCUUACAAAUCUUCUUCAUUUAACGCCGCAUCGUUCGGAACGCAUAGGGAACUUGUUUAUGAUAAAACAGAAUGCAAUGUUGGUAAUGGCUAUAGUACAUUUACGGGAACUUUUACUGCUACAAUCUCUGGAACAUAUGCAUUCACUUGGACAACGUGCGCUGGUGGUGAUAGUGGUGCCAUAGGAAUAGAACUAGUGAUAAAUAACAUGGUUCAUGGGAUUUUGUGGACCGAUUCACAAACACCUGGAGACGAGGAAUGCUCGACUGGAUUUAUCAUACGUACUCUUAAUAACGGCGAUGCUGUCUUCACAAGAUCACAAAAUAGAGCUGCCCUUCAUUCCGGUACCAUUCGAAGUGAUGAGUUCAUGAGAACAACAUUCUCUGGUUGGCUUAUAAGGACCCAAACAGAUAAAGGACAGAGAACCAGUCUAACUAAACCUCCCAAACAUAAUGUUGGACUUAUGAGAUUUGAAUCAAGACAAAUGUAA